UGUUUCCUCUGAUCAAUCCCCCCUCUCUUCUCUUUUCCCACUAGUAAAUUAUUUUACUUUUCUUAAAAUUUGUAUCAUCGUACUAAUAACAGCUUCAGCCUAAUUCAAUAAAAGUAAUUGUUUAAUUACUUUUAGCGAAAGCAAAAUUCUUCUAUUAUUUAUCACACUUGGAACUAUCUGAAAAGCCUUAGAUGGCCUUAACUAUCAGCAACUGAUACACCUCAGAAUAAGGCACAGGAAGUAACGAAACCUGAACUAAAAUGGGUUUAUUUUAUUUCAUGCAGAGAAGUUGUCUACCAUCCCGGAGUGAAAAAGAUUUACGUCUAUGAUGACAGAUUUCACAGGAGAGCAUAAGUGGUUACAAAUACAGCAAGAACUAAGCUUGAGGAAACUAUUAGAGGGCUCAGAGUAUCAAGAGGAACUGAAGUAUGACUUCAAUAUAAAAGGGGAACUGAGGCAUCUGGAUACAAAUGAGUCUUUUGUUUUCAAUUAUUACAAGAAUGCACAUGAGCAGAAUCAUAAACGCUAUCAAGUUUUGGGACAUUCGAUUACCCAAUAUGUUUAUGAGCUCCUGGAAAGAGUCUGCAUGCUGCAGAAAGUUUAUAUUCCUACUGAUGCUACAGAGGAUGAACCACAAAGUUUCUUUUUCAUGAGUGAGAAUGCACUAACAAGUUCCUCUAACCUAAUUGUCCUUCUUCAAGACAGUGGAGUUUUCCGUGCAGGACAGUGGGAGCAAAGGACGAUUGUCAGCGUGGGCCUGGGGCAUGGAACACAAAUACCAUUCAUCAAAAUGGCCCUUCAAAGCCACGGGGGAGUGAUUGUACUGAAUCCCAACGACAACUUUCUUGAUUUGAAGACUGAAAAGGAGAGGUUAAGCUUUUCUACCUGGGAAGAACCACCGAAUUCUACGCAGUCCGUCUGGUGGAUCCCCAAGAGGGGCAGCAGCAGUCCUGAGGAGCAUACCGUGUAUGUAUGGGAUCAUUUCAUUUCAAAGAGCACAGCCAAGAACGUGGCCUUCAUUGCCCAUGGCUACGGUGGCCUGGUGUUUGUUGAUCUGCUGGUGCAGAGAAAAUGGGAGGUAAUGAAUAAAGUGUACUCUGUGGCAUUCAUCGACUCCCUGCACAACAUACAGCACCAGACUAGAAACGAUCCCCAAAUACAAGAAUGGAUACAGAAGUACUGCUGUGAAUGGGUAUCAAGCAGCAAGCCUCUAAAUAAACCUGUGGGUACUCUCAUGAAAGUCAAUUGUCCUACUGUCUCUGCUGGAACGGAAAAGUAUGGUUUAGCACCCUCCUGCUGCUUAUGUGCCAUCUUUAAGUACCUGAAGAGCACACUGAAAGCCAAGACCACAACAGCCUUUAGGCGUUCACCUGUUAGAACCAGAAGCAGAACAAGUAGUAAGACAGGCAAUAAAUAAAGGUAUAUGGA